AUGGGGCACGAAAACGACGCCGCUUCAGAGAGUCAUCAACACGACGGCGCUGCGGCGUCGGGAUUUAAGCUCGUCGGAUUCUCCAAGUUCGUGAGGAAGAAUCCAAAGUCCGACAGAUUCAAAGUUAAGCGCUUCCACCACAUCGAGUUCUGGUGCGGCGACGCCACCAACGUCGCGCGUCGCUUCUCGUGGGGUCUCGGGAUGCGAUUCUCCGCCAAAUCCGAUCUCUCCACCGGAAACAUGGUCCACGCCUCUUACCUCCUCACUUCCGGCGACCUGCGAUUCCUUUUCACGGCUCCCUACUCCCCGUCUCUCGCCGCCGGAGAUACUCGACUCACUGCUACAGCCUCCAUCCCCUCCUUCGAUCAUGUUUCUUGCCGCUCCUUCAUCUCUUCCCAUGGCCUCGGUGUAAGAGCCGUCGCGAUUGAAGUAGAAGACGCAGAGUCAGCUUUCUCCAUCAGUGUCGCUAACGGCGCCAUUCCUUCGUCGCCUCCUUUCGUCCUCGAUGAAGCCGUUACGAUCGCUGAGGUCAAACUAUACGGCGAUGUCGUCCUCCGAUAUGUUAGCUACAAAGGAGUAGACUCCGAUAAAUCCGAUUUCCUGCCGGGAUUUGAACCAGUGGAAGAUACGUCGUCGUUUCCACUUGACUACGGGAUACGACGGCUUGACCACGCCGUGGGAAACGUUCCCGAGCUUGGUCCAGCUUUAACUUACGUCGCAGGGUUCACUGGUUUUCACCAAUUCGCGGAGUUCACAGCAGACGACGUGGGAACCGCCGAGAGCGGUUUAAACUCAGCGGUGCUGGCUAGCAACGACGAAAUGGUUCUUCUGCCGAUGAACGAGCCAGUGCACGGGACGAAGAGGAAGAGUCAGAUUCAGACUUUUCUGGAGCACAACGAAGGCGCAGGGCUACAACAUCUGGCUCUGAUGAGCGAGGACAUAUUCAGGACUCUGAGAGAGAUGCGUAAGAGAAGCAGUGUCGGAGGAUUCGACUUCAUGCCUUCUCCUCCGCCUACUUACUACCAGAAUCUGAAGAAACGCGUCGGGGAUGUUCUCAGUGACGAGCAGAUCAAGGAGUGUGAGGAAUUGGGGAUUCUUGUGGAUAGAGAUGAUCAAGGGACGUUGCUUCAAAUUUUCACAAAACCACUUGGUGACAGGCCGACGAUAUUCAUAGAGAUAAUCCAGAGAAUAGGAUGCAUGAAGAAAGAUGAGGAAGGCAAGGUUCACCAGAGUGGAGGAUGUGGUGGCUUUGGCAAAGGCAAUUUCUCUGAGCUCUUCAAGUCCAUUGAAGAGUACGAGAAGACUCUUGAAGCCAAGCCGCUUGUGGGAUGA